AUGGCCGGUGCCAAGGCUGCCAGAGCGGGCACUAAGGCUCAAUCAAAGCCAUGGAUAUCUGAUGGGUCGGGGUCUCUAGCGAGCAGCCCCCGGAUUGUUUCUGAGGAGCUGAUGGCGCUACUCCGGCGUGGAAACGCAUCUGCGGUCAAGCGCUGGCUCAAGUCUGGAGUGGACGUCAACCAGGUUCUACAUGCCCCGCAGCUGGACAAGCCGUGGGGAUACACGACACCUCCGGCUGCCGCCGCGACCGCCGCCAAUCCCGCUGCAACACCGGCUGCCGAUGACGGUGGCGCAGCAGCGGUCGGGGGUUCGAUCCCCAGCAGCGCCAACGCAGCGUCCGCGCCCGCUCCUGCCUCUUCCUUCGGUCACUGGCCACUGAUCCUGCUGGCUUGCGCCGUCAGCAGCGCGGGGGUGGUGGAGGUGCUGCUCAAGGCGGGGGCUGACCCCAAUGUACACAACCAGUACGGCCUGACGGCUUUAGUGGCUGCCGUACACAACGACGGCCUUUCCGCGACGGAGAAGCUGGUGCUGGCCAAGCUACUCAACCGUCAUGGGUUUUCACUGUACGGAGCUAGCUGUGAGGCACUGGGGGAGAGGGCCACCGCGGCCACUGCGCUGCUGCACCAGCUCGCGGUUGGGGAGGCGGAGGCGAGGGAGGCGGCAGGCCCCCUGCUGGACUGGCUCCUCCAGCACGAGCCCCUGCCGCCACCCUCUGACCCGCAGCUGUUCCAGCACCUGUGCUUCUGUCUCGCCUUGGAGCCCGCCGCGCUGCAGCUGUGGCUGCCGCUGCUGCAGCGGCGACCGCCGUACGUGCCCGGCACUCCUGGGUAUGCGGAGCUGGUAGUGGGAGUGGUGGCGGCGGCACACCAACUGAAGGACGCGCGUGCCGCGGCGGCGGCACAGGCGAUGGGGGCGGCGCCGCCGCCGGGGCCGGCGGCGGCGCCGCUUUCGGCGGCCGCGACGGGGAGCCACUUUCUGGAGGGCUUUGCGGAUGGCGGCAUUGUCGAGGAGGAGCUGGGCGCCUCUGCUCCCGGCGGCGGCGGAUCUGCUGUACGGCCCGCCUCGGCUGUGAUGACGCAUCGGGAAGGCAGUUUGCUGGCGGCGCGGAAGAGGGAGCGGAGCCGGCAGGGCGCCCGAGCGCGAGUGGCGGCGCGUGCGGCCGCGGCUUCCGCCUCCGCCGCCUCCGUCGCCUCCGCAACUGCGGGUGCUGCCGCGGCGCCCUCGGGCGACUGGGAUGCAGCUGGUGCGCUUCGCGGCGUUGGCCCCGGCGAAGAGGUGUUGGUAUUACGAGCUUUCUUGGAGUGCGGGCUAAACCCCAAUGUGCCCAUGUGUACGGACGGGUUGCUGCCCAUGCAGCGCUUCCUCGAGAAGCCCGAGCUGCUGAGUGUGCUGCUGGAGGGCGGUAUGGACCCGCGCAUCAGGGCGGGAGUAGCCCCCCUGGACCUAACCUUCCUGCACUCGUACGCUCUCAUCGGCCGCUUCCAGUCCAGCAGCGAGGCAUCCGUACAAGCCUGCGCCCUGUUGCUGUCCGCUGACCCGGGGCUGCUGUGGCUCCGCUGCGCGGGCCUGACCGCCUUCGAGCUGGCCCUGGCCCACGUGAACUUGGCCUUGGUGGAGUACCUGGCGCCGUUGAUGGGGCCGGAACAACAGGAGGCAGCUGCAAUGCUGCGUCAGCGCAUGUUGGGGGGCCCUACGGGUCGGCCGGCGAAGUGCUUGAGCUGCACGGCCAGAUUGGGCGGGGCAGAGGAGGGCGGCGGGGAAGAGGGCGGCGGUACCUCCGCCGCCGCUGCCGGUGGUGGCGGCGCCGACGUCGACGUCGACGUCGAGGAGGACGUUGCCGCCCGCGUUUGGGACCCGGCGUCGCCGGCUGCUGCUGCGGCGGCUGUUGCGGCGGCCGCCGCCGCCAGCCCAGUGACGGUUCCCGGUCAGGACAGCGAGGUCGCUUCGUCGUACAGGCUGCUGUGUUUGGCGCUGCAGCGUCCGGAGCUGUGGGGCAACAACAUGACCGGGUUGAUGCGGCAGGUGCCGCUGAUGGACAUACGGCAGAUUUUGACGCUGCUGGAUGUGCUCAACUCCCCCAACCUGUUCAACAUCGUGGCCUUCAUGGAGCACUGCCGUACAUUUGCGCAGCGAGUCAUCCUCCAGGUGCUGCAGCUGGGCGCUGAGGGGCACGAGGCGAUGCAGGCGGCCGUGCCCCCCGCCGCGGUGGAGGUGGCGCUGGCCUUCCUCCGGGCAUAUCCGGAGAACAUCUGGCUGCAGUCCGUGGCCAAGUACUUUCCCCCGCUGGUUGACUCCAUGGUUGCGCGGGAGGACACCCGGGACUUCAUGCUGGUGGCGCCGCAGAAGCUGCUGGACAGGGCCGAGGAGAUCUCCCAGCUACCCCCCGACCUGGUGCAGGCGGCGUGUGAGUCAGCCCGGGCGGCCAUGCUGCUGGAGAACGGCUUCCACUGCCCCCGGCCCCAACUCGACGACCUGGAGGGGCCGUUGAGGAGAUUUGCUGAUGUGGGUUACCAUCGGCUGCUGCUGCGGCUGCUACUGCGGCUGCCGGCGGCAAGCAAGCAGCUCUGCAAUAACCCCGCGCUGACGGCGGUGGUGGCGGAGGCACUGGCUGUCGUACAGGCAUGCAUGUCAGGACGCCCUGCCGCCGCGGCCAAGCGCGGCGUGGCGGCGGAAGCAGCGGAAGCAGGUGACGACCCGGCCGCCUCCGCUACUGGGGCGUCGUACUUGGAGGCCGUCGACGCUGCCGUGGCGCACUUGGCGGCGCACUUGGGAGGCAUGGGCGCAGCAAAUGCGGCCGCAGCGGUGCCUCCACCUUCAGCUGCGGCGGCUGAUGGCGCCGAGCUAGCGGCUGCCGCCGCGGCCGCCGCUGCCGUGUCGUCCGCAGCAGACACCUCAGAGCCGUCGGCCACUGUCCCGGGCGCUGAGCCCUCCCUCCCUGGCCCCGCCACCUCCCUCUCCUCCCCCUCCCCGCCCGCCACCGCCGCUACCCUUCCUCCGCCGGACUGCUCCGGCGGCUUCCCUCCUGAGUUGUCGUACCUGGAGGAGGUGGUGGUGGAGCAGACGGAGUUGCUACAGUCCCUUUACGCCCUCAUGGCGCUGUGCUCUCUGUGCUCCCACUUGCUGUGUCCUGAGUUCGGACUGGCCAUUGGUCAGCUGUCCCUGGACCAGCUGUACGCGCAGCUGCUGGGUAACAUGGGCCCGGCGGGUCCGGAGCAGAGGGAGCUGGUGGAGAGCCGGCGGGAGUUCCUGAAACAGGUCCUCGCCAUGGACAGCAUGUGGCGAGCCAUGCGGCAGGCGGACCAACAACAACAACAACACCAGCAGGAGGAGGAGGAGGAGGAGGAGGAGGAGGAGGAGGGGCAAGGAGAGGGCAAGGCGCUGGGUGAGGAGGAGGCGGAGAACACACAGGCGGAAGGCGGGGCAGUCGCAGUCGCGGCGGCGGCGGCUACGGGUCCGGCAGCGGCUCCGCCGCUGGACGAGCAGCGGGGCGCAGCUGCAACGGAGGUGACGGCAGACCUGACGGAGGUGACGGGGGAGGCGGCUCCGCUGCCUCCCCGUCGGGCGCUGCGUAACCCGGCCCUCGUGGAGGCCGCCCGCGAGGCGGUGCUGUCCCACCCCGUCAUCUGGUCGGCAGUGCGGGCGGUGGCGGCACUUCCCGCGGCACCCGGGCCCCACCCGGGAGUGCGAGUACUGUGGGACGACGACAAUACACCCAUUUACGUGCUCAUGUCGCUGGCCUCCCGCCGGGCGGUGGAGGCAGCUGCCCGCACACCGGCGCCUCCCACAUCCUCCCAUCGCCUGGGGACUCAGCACCGCCAACGAGUCUGCUUCGGGGCCGUUAGCCAUCAUCACGCCACCUUCCUCCGGCCAAGCGAUGGCAGCGCCGGCUGUCACUACACCACUUGCGUGUUUGGCUGCUUGGGGCACCUGCUCCAUUGUAAAGAACCGAGCUGCGGGGGGCAAGGACGCCGGCAAGGCCUAUCACCGCUCCAAGCGGCCGCAAACAUUCGUCGCCCAAAGCAGCCCAGAUGUGAAGUGACAGAGCGACCCUCGAUGGAAGGAGUGCAGCUGGUUGCAGCUGGGGACCUCUGUGUAAACACGUUGAUGCAAAUCCACAUUGAUCUCAAACAGAUGCUUGGCUACCAUCUUUGCUGGAUUCGAUUCGUUCGCGCGUCGACAGGUCCUGCAAAUCUGGAUUUGCCGGUGUGAGGGCGGAGUUGGGGUUAUCAUCUUCACCGGAUGGCCCUUCAGCUCAGGAUGGGACCAGCCGUGAAGUCGGAGGGUUGCACUAUGAGUUGCGUGGGACUGGCAACAUUCUUCGCCACCGUCGCAGUACCACGGCCUGCCAGCUGUGCGUAUCUGAUUAACUGGGAGCGACCUCGUCUUCCUCACAUUCUCAGCGCAGAGAACACAGCACCCCUUUCUGGGCUCCAUGGACGCGAGGGGCGGAUAGCUAGGUGAAGGUUGAUCAGUACCUGUGGAAGCGCAGGAUUUCAGAAAAGUGGGAGAGCCAAUGCGGCAUUGUUGGGGCUAUACUCUGGGAGGCCAUUGAAGGCGUGAGCAAGCCUGUAGAAUUGUGCCCACCGAAUACACAGCACAGCUCCGAAAAUUAUAUAGCGCAAAAUAUCUACCUAGAAAGAUUCGUCGUUUGUAACGCAUUCAGGCAU